UCAUAGAUCUUGAAAUUUUAUUUCCAAUAUAAUAAUUGUAAAAAAUCAUUUUUAAUAUUGCCAAUUAUCAAAAUUAACUUCCCUUCUUCUCAGGGUUUUGAAUCCAGGAAAAAAUUAUCACUUUCCUCUUUCAUCGCUUCAGAUUUCGCCAUUGUCUGAUGCUUACGCGAUUGCUAUUCAAAAUUCUGUAUCUAAACUGAUUCGGAUAUUAUUCGGUGAGAUUUUCCGACUGUGAUCGAAUGCAAAAAAGGUUCGAGCUUUAUUGAUUCGACCAGUUUCGAUUAAUUCUCCAAAUGCUCGUACAAAUAGAAUGGAUUGGCUGUUUAGAUUGCAUUUCCAUGGAUCAGCUCUCUGUUUAGCAUAGUUUUUGGGGGACUCUGUCUCUGUAUAGAUAUGAUUAAGCAAAUAUUCGGCAAGCUUCCGAAGAAACAAUCUCCGAAGCAGUCUCAGUUUGAAUCCGACGCUUCAAUUCUCGAUUUGAAUCCGGGCCCACCACUGUCGUCCAGAAAUGGUAUGUCUCUCCCGGUGGCGCCUACGGUGCGUGGGAGCCCUACAUUGUUGAAUUACGUGGCUGCUUGCAAGGCGUUGCCGAGCUUGAGCGACGCCUCAAGCUCGGAACGGCAGAGUGUGUUCAUCAAAAAGCUGAAUUUGUGCUGUGUGGUGUUUGAUUUUACUGACUCCUCCUUUCAUAUGGAGAAGGAUGCUAAGAGGGGUUUGCUCCUCCAGCUGUUGGAGUAUUUCUCGUUGGUGAAUUCGAAGUUCAGUGAGAUUGUGAUGAACGAGAUCACGAAGAUGCUGGUGGCGAAUCUGUUUAGGGCAUUGCCUUCUACGAAUCCGGAUAGUAAGCUGGUGGGUGAAGUGUAUGAUCCGGAGGAUGACGAGCCGGUCUUGGAGCCUUCUUGGCAUCAUCUUCAGCUCGUGUACGAGUUCUUCCUGAGGUUCGUGUCCUCCUCCGAGACGGAUGCUAAGCUUGCCAAGAGAUACAUUGACCAUUCUUUCGUGCUGAGAUUGUUGGAUCUUUUUGACUCGGAGGAUCAGAGGGAGAGGGAGUACUUGAAGACGAUUCUGCAUCGUAUAUACGGGAAGUUUAUGGUGCAUAGGCCGUUUAUCAGGAAGUCGAUCAAUAACAUUUUCUAUCAUUUCAUGUUUGAGUCGGAGAAGCAUAAUGGGAUUGCGGAGUUGCUAGAGAUAUUAGGGAGUAUUAUUAAUGGCUUUGCUCUGCCUCUGAAGGAGGAGCAUAAGCUUUUUCUUGUGCGUGUGUUGAUUCCACUUCAUAAACCAAAGCAAAUGUGCGCGUAUCAUCAGCAGCUGUCUUAUUGUGUAACUCAAUUUGUCGAGAAAGAUGUGAAGUUAGCUGAUACAGUGAUCAGAGGUCUUCUGAAGUACUGGCCUGUGACUAAUAGCUCCAAGGAGGUUAUGUUUAUCAGUGAAAUAGAGGAAGUGUUGGAAACUAUGCUGGCUCCGGAGUUUCAACGUGUGAUGGUCCCUUUGUUCCAUCAGAUAGGUCGCUGCAUCAACAGCUUCCAUUUUCAGGUAGCUGAGCGUGCCCUCUUCCUGUGGAACAACGACAACAUAAGAAGUUUGAUCAUUCAAAACCAAGAUGUCAUACUCCCUAUAAUACUCCCAUGUAUUGAGAAGAGCAUCCGUGGUCACUGGAACCACGUGGUUCAGAGCCUAACAUGGAACGUGCGCAAGGUAUUCAUGGAUGCUGAUCAAUCGUUCUUUGAUCAGUGCUUGGCCAAGUUCAACGAAUACGAAGCCAAGGAGAAGGAAAUGCUGGAAAGACGAGUAUCAAACUGGAAAUGGUUGGAAGACAUAGCCGCUGCCAAACCCCUCAGAAACGAGCCUCUGCCCGUGUCCAUUUUCCCUUCCUCUGUCGCUAUAGGGAGCUGAGGCGCCCGGCUCCUCAAAACAGCAAGCGCUCUAGGCAAGAAAUAAAGAUUCAACCAAGAUCCUUAUCAGAUCAUAUUUUUUCGUAUUUGGAGGUGAAUAUUUGGAGAAGCCGGUAUGUUUCUUUUAUUCGUUUUCGUUUAAUUUGCUUCGAGGUUUAGCAUUGAGGGUUUAGUUUUCCUGAAACUAAACGUCCAUUUUUUAUUUCAUUUUUUCCACGUACGCAGAAAAAAAUAUGUUCAUUUUGUAAUUUAAGAAGAGGUGUGAUGAUCACUAUUUGUAAUAUAUGCAUCAAAUGGUAAUUCUA